CAGAAGAGGCGCUGCCAGGCAGUACAUGAAGCAGUGGACAGCUCCUGGUGCUGAUCAUCCAGCCGGUCAGGAAGCAGAGCAUUAUACAGUGCAGGGUGGCUGGACCUCACUCUGCUGGACCGGGGACAUUUCUGCAAUUGGGUCAGACCUUCUAAUAAGGCAAAGGGAGAGCUUGAGGCAGAAUGAGACACGAAGCUCCUAUGCAGAUGGCAUCUGUACAGGACUCCAGAUAUGGACAGAAAGACACUUCUGAUCAGAACUUUGACUAUAUGUUUAAAUUGCUAAUCAUCGGAAACAGCAGCGUAGGCAAAACAUCCUUCUUGUUUCGCUACGCCGAUGACUCGUUCACCUCAGCUUUUGUGAGCACGGUUGGGAUUGACUUCAAGGUUAAGACCGUCUUCAAAAAUGAGAAAAGAAUCAAGCUGCAAAUCUGGGACACAGCCGGACAGGAGAGAUACCGCACCAUUACCACAGCCUAUUAUCGAGGUGCAAUGGGGUUCAUCUUAAUGUAUGACAUUACAAAUGAGGAAUCCUUCAAUGCAGUGCAGGACUGGUCAACGCAAAUUAAAACAUACUCAUGGGACAAUGCUCAAGUGAUAUUGGUCGGUAAUAAAUGUGACAUGGAAGAUGAACGAGUGGUUUCGGUAGAGAGAGGGAAACACCUAGCAGAGCAACUGGGUUUCGAGUUUUUUGAAACAAGCGCUAAAGAUAACAUCAAUGUGAAGCAGACAUUCGAGCGCCUUGUGGAUAUCAUCUGUGACAAAAUGUCGGAGAACUUAGAGACGGAUCCAGCUAUUACAGCUUCAAAGCAGAGCACAAGACUGACAGACAAGCCCCCUCCACAGCAGCCCAACUGUGGAUGUUAAUGCCGUCAUCUAGUCCUCUUCAGUGUGUUCUAUUGCCAAUAAGUAUUUAAAAAAAAAGUGGUCCAUACACUUUACAUUUCUACUGUCUAAGUAUCUGUUAAAAAAAAAGAAUUUUGGCUUGUUUUGUAUGGUUAGCUGAUGAAUGGUGGCCUGGAGGUGGAGACCUUCUAAUAAAUGUUCCUGCUGUUUGCAAGUUACAUGGCUUUGUAUGCUCUGAUAAUUUACAUGUUCUUCACUCUUCUUGUUAUGUUUGUCCAUUGUGACAACUGUCCUUUUUUAGGACUAUUAUAUGCAGAGUGAAUGGCACUUUCUCCUGAAUGUUACCUAAUGUCCUGUUCAUCUAUUACUUUUGUUGUUAUGUAUCAGAAUUAUUAUUUGGAUUCAUUUUAUUACAAUUAAUAUGCAUUUAACUGAAGUAAGUCAAGGUCUAUAUUUGGUCCAAGGGUUCUUUUUUUCCAGUGCUACCACCCUGUAUGGUGCAGAAUAUUUUCCAGGUUUCUAGGUAGGUGCUCCUACAUAGAACUGGGAUGGAGAUAAAUGAAUAUGCAGUGUUUAAAAAAUAAACAAAUAAUUUAAUAAAUACAAAACGGGGCUUGGGGAACUCAAAGAGUAAAAGCCCCAUUGCAUAAACACUGAUAAUUGUGUUGGUUCACACAACACUCACCCAGACUCCCCAGUCUUGGUCUGGUGUAAUAUUGCGUCUAUGGCAUACAUGGCCUUGAUCAGGUUAUGUACAGUAUUAGAUAUUCCCUGUCUAUAAGCAUCCCCUGUAUAUUUGCUCUAUUAGGGCAUUGGGCUGUAAAAGAGCAGCUGCUGCUGUAGCAGAACUAGUCCCAAGUCAAUCUUCUCCACGCUUCCAUAUGUAAACUAGGUUAUUGAGCUUUGCCUAAGCCAAUACUCAUAAUCAUUGUUAUAUACAUAUAUAUAUAUAUAUAUAUAUAUAUAUAUAUAUAUAUAUAUAUACUGGGAAAACAAGAAUAGCUAUCAGCUCUGUCUUUCUUAAAAUAUGGGUUUCUUAGAUAAGACCUUCGGCAAUAUGAAAAUUCUAUUCACUAGAACAAGGUAAAUUGUGAUCUUUGCCCCUGACCCAGCAGUGGGUGCUUCUUUACCCAAUAUUCAAAUCGAUAGAGCAGGUAAGUAGAAGUUUGCUCAACUUUAUUUCAGAUUGAAGCUUAAAAAAUUCCUGCCAGCUCUGUUUCAGUAAAUAAUGAAAAUAACAAUUCUUGAGCAUUUUCUGCAUUUGUCUGCAUUGUACUGUUCCUCUAUUAUUAUUCAUAAAUUGACAACUAGGUGUUACCAGAAUGAUGGCUUUUCCAACCAUCUCCAGCUUUUGCAAAUGGCAGGAGCUGUCUGGAAAUAUCAAUGGGACAACCCAUUUAACUUAUGGGAACUAUAGAAAGGUAGAGUCUAAUCUCUGAUUACAUUAUAUACAGUCUAAAGGUACAUGUUUUUAUGACCUUGUCUUAGGUUUAUUUUAUAGCAAAUGGUGUUGCACACAUCCUAUAUUGUAGAUAGUGUGUGUAUGGUAAAGGAAACAACUGUUUUAAAGGAACGUGUCCAUAGACUGUAAAGUUCCUCUACAUAGCUUAAAUUGUAGCACGGUGGUUUGUAUGAAACAUAUUUAGCACUAGUUAUCAUUAAAUAAUAAUAAUAAUAAUAAUAAUAAUAAUAUAUUAAAUUAUCAAUAUAUCAGUGUGUCUAUAUCCAUCAUGAAAAUGCAUACUGAGAGUAACUCAAGCUAUAGAAGUACAGAGGAAAAAACUACAGUCAUCUAUGCUAAAUUAAAUGCAUCAAUAUAUGCUAUGUAAUCAUAGAUAAGAAGGGUUAAUACAGCCAUUCAUGCCUUACCACUAGUGUUGAGCACAAAUAUUCUUAAUGCAAAUUUUAAUCGCGAAUAUAGGCACUUAGCAAUUUCGUGAACAUUUAGAAUAUAAUGCUAGAUAUUCGUAAUGACGAAUAUUUUUUUUAUUUUUUUUUCAAAUUCACAUUUUUAUGCAAAUUUUCCAUGCAAAUUUUCCAUGCGAAUUUUCACAUAGAAAAAAAAAAGUGAACGAACAUAGCGAAUAUGCGGAUUUCGCGAACAAAGGACGAAUAAUCAUCAAUAUAUUCACGAAAUAUUGCAAAUUCGAAUAUGGCCCCUGCUGCUUAUCACUACCAGUUUGAAGAUGCGAUACAUCCAACAUCACCAAUAAAAGCUAUUUUUAUAACAGUGACAAAAAAGGUACAUUAAAGCAGCUGGCUUAACCAUUAAAUUCAUUGUCCCAGUUAUUCUUAGAUGACUAUCGAUAAUCCAGAAAGAAGUUACAAAGGACAGAUUAUGGCAAUUGAUACUACUGGGGUUCAGGUAAGGAUAAGGCAAGAGAAGAAUAAUUACUAUACCUUGACAGUAAGCCAGUGCCAAACAAUGACAACUACAAUUUCAUUUUGCAUUGUCAAUGUGACAGCUGUUUAUCUUGGCUCAAGCAGGACAAUUCUGUCAUAAACCAUCUGUCUACUAAUGAUAAUGAGGUGACAACCGUACUUUUCCCCGUAGGCUGUAAAAAUAGAUUUUUUUUGUUUGACAACUAGAUGUUAUCUUGUAUAUAAAUAUUUUUCAUGGGUAAACAUGACAAA